AACAGUAUGCAUAUAGGCUUUUCCAGUGCUUGCUCUCUUCUUGCCUGCAGACAAGCAGAGAGAGAGGAGAGAGUGUGAGGAGGAGGGAGAGGGUAUAGCAAAUGAGGUGUGGGUAAAAAUUAUGGGGGGGACUGGAAAAGAGAGCAGCAGCCCAGCCCUGGAAAUGGAGAGAGAGAUGGGAGGGAGGGAGAGAGAGAGAGAGAGAGAGAGAGAAAUUAUACAGUGUAAAAUCCAUGCGAAUUCAGCUUUAGUGGUAGUGCAGCGUCCAGAUCAGCCAGGCUCCUCCACCGCUGGGGAACAACCGCCUUUUGUGAUCCCCUCCCGCUGCAGUGGGGGAGUGCAUUUACCGUCUCGCCCAAGGGAGAGAGAAGCCAAGAAGUAUCCUCCAAUCAGCCGCUAGUGAUUUCUCUCAUCUUGUGGGGCUGCUGAUGGUGAUUUAUCACUGACCUGAGACAAGCGCUGCACUCUGCAAUCAACACCCCUAAACCACCUGGAAUACUCCACCAUGGCUUUUAUUUCUUUUCUUAAACACAAAAUACCCUCCUGUGGAUAUUUUAAAUAGAAUGACCAGAGGACAAAGGGAGGAUUAAAAAGGACUUGCUCAAUGCCAUUCUUGAAUUUUUUUUCCUGCUGCAGACUGAAGAUGGACUAACUUUUAAGGGUUGCAUUUGUGCCACAUGAGAACAUCAUUUCAUACUCAGUGCUUCAAUAGGCAUUUUUUACUGAAUUACUUGUCAUAUUUCAUAUCAUAUUUUAUCCUUAAAGCACGGCAAGCAGUGGUUGAUUGUAGACACACCACUGCAAUAAUCAUGUAGGACUGAUACUCAGGUAGAUAGAGGUAUACAUAUGGUGAUGGACAAGAGAUGGAGACGGUGACAGUUGGAGCACACCUGCCCUGCUGAGCAUGUCUGACACCUCGCUGUAGCUUGAUUAGAGCGUCUGCUCUCCAGACUAUCAGGUUGCCUUUUUAUCCUCAAGUUAUCAUGCUUCCCUGUGUGUAUGAGUGUAUAACUGUGAGUGUGUGUUAGGAGCCAGAGUUUGGGAUUACACCGCCUCUGGAAAGGAUACAGGUGUAGUGGAGCCUUGAAUAAGGAUUAGCAGCUCUAACAUCUUGUCGCUGGCAGCACGCGGGGCGAUGGACCUUUCAGACAAGACUCACUGGAGGAUUAAAGAUAAAAGGUUUAACCGACAUGAUGAGACGCAGAGGGCAAGGAAGGGGACAGGGAGACAGUAGAGAAAGUUGUAUUGAGAUUCAGGUUAUCCUUGACUGAGGCUGAUCUUAAAGGAAGUGAGCAUACAAACAAGCUGGUCAAGUACAAAUGAGAUAUUGAAGCAUGAGAGAAUGUGUUUGUGUAUCCACAGUCUGAUAAAAAAAAGACCUGCCUUGAUAAAUUAAAUCAUUGGGUAUGUAAAAGACAAACAUUGAUGGUGAUACACAAUCUUGAUUUCCCCAAUAACCCAGCAAGCACAAAAUCCAAUUGAUCCAUGAGUUGGUUUCAUAUUGAUUCCUCUCCACAGUCAGAAUAGACUCUUGUCUGAUCUCAGUUUAAGAGGCCACUAAUUUAAUUAUAAUCCGUCAUUCGGUCUCGCCCCUGGAGCAGUCGGCCAGAGUGCUGAGUGUGCUGUAGUGCAGAGGAUCAAUGGUCUAAUACUUGUCAUGAUAGCUGACAACAGAUCAGAUAAACACAACGCCUUCCUGCUGCUGUCUGCUAUAACAAUCUCACAGUUUGUGUUAUUUACAUGUCUUGUAUUAUUUGGAGACGCAGUUCUCCAUUGAUGGCAGAUCUGCUGACAGUUGCAGGAAAUUUGGCAGCUUGUGUGCUUGUAGUUGAAAGAAGCGUGUCGUCGCCUGUCUUGAUGCAGGUGUGCGUGUUUUUUGGGCUUGUGUCCCUGACAUACACAGCUUAUCUUAGCUGCACAGCAAAGGCUUAAAUAUCCUGGCUGAGGGUGUAAUGGGCACCUCAAGACCUGCCCCACUUAAAAGUUAAAUUAGGAAAUACCUUUAUCCUGGAGUGGAGGACAAGAGCAGGGCAGUCCUGACAGGAGGAGAAGUUAUCUGAGCAGCCACACUCAGCGAUCCUAGAAAGCAGGGGGUACAGCAGGUGGUAAGCUCUGUGUGGGGGUGAGGAGAAAAAAACAGGAGUAAGGCGAGUUCUUUGAUAGCUGUAUUGUUUGGAUCUGCCUUGUUAAAAUAGCAUAGCUGAACUGUUUGGAGGUUUAGUGCUUGAGAAAACUCAGGAACAGCGUGCGGGUGUUCAGCUGGGAAAAAGCUGCUUUAUACGGCAGAUUUCAACACUAAAGAACAGACCAGGAUGGGUACAGCAAGUAAACUGUAUUGACAAGUCACUGGAUCAGCACUCAUUUGUCUGAAACAACUGCCUAAUCUUUUUAAGCACAAAACCAGCCGGACUCUUAGAAACAUCUUUUCUCCAGAUCCAAGAUUCAAAUGAAACUACAACAAGCACUUGAACUUCAACAAGCAACAUUUUCUGCCUGUGAUGGAGAAAGAAACAAACACGUGGUCUUGCAGCUCUGAAACAAUCUCAACAUUUGAAUUUACUCUGGAUUAUAACACUUGAAUUGAGAAAAAAGAAGAGGAGAUCACAGCCAAAUAAACUGUGUAGCAGGGAUGUGUUGAGUGUUACUCUGAGGAGGAGGAGUACUGUAAUAAACCACAAGCCUGCGAAUGAGGGUGGGGCUCUCCCACUGCCACAGACAAAGACCCUGAUAGAGAGAGUCCCGGUGUGAGAACUGGUCAAGUGGGGCAAUUUUUGGACCUGCACAGUCCAGCACCGUGUCAAAAGUCACAAUGGGGUGCAACAUGUGCGUGGUUCAAAAGCCUGAGGAACAAUACAGGGUCAUGUUCCAGAAGGGUCACAUAAACAACAUGUUGUGCUCUUUUGACGCUGACGGCCGAUUAAAGGUGAAUGGAAAGGAGCUGUCCCGCCUUUCCGGGGAUCCCACCCUGGACAUACGGGACCCCGUGCUGUCCAACAUACUGAGGAGAGGGGCCCGCAGACGUGCAGGCCUAGCGGGGGCCCUCGGAGGGUCACUGCCAGUGACCAUGGGCAUGGCCGACUGUGUAGACAGCUGCACCCAAACAGACAUCAGCUUCCAGCAUAUGUUGACUCUGGGCAAGAGUAGCCAGCAUCCCUGUGGAGCUCCACCCCCACCCGACCCUCCGCCGUCCCCUCCGCUGCCGCCCUUACUGGAGCCAUAUCUGUUCAAUGAACUCUUUAUAGAGCCUGUAUACUACGACCCCACUGACUACUUCGAUAUCACCCAGCAUGAAGUGGACAGGCAGGAUGAGCUGGAGUAUGAGGAGGUGGAGUUGUAUAAGUCUCGUCAGCAGGAUAAACUCGGGCUGACUGUGUGUUACAGAACCGAUGAUGAGGAGGACUUGGGAAUAUAUGUAGGAGAGGUGAACCCAAACAGUAUCGCUGCACUUGAUGGACGCAUCCGCAAGGGAGACAGAAUACUACAGAUAAACGGCGUGGACAUCCAGGACAGAGAGGAAGCGGUGGCUAUUCUCACCAGAGAGGACAGCACUAAUGUCUCCCUGCUCCUCGCACGACCCGAGAUAGAGAAUGACAACCAGCUAGACCCAGAUGAGCUGGAUCUGGAGCCACUGGACAACGCUGUUCAUCUGCCCGGCAGCCACAAAGCGAGGAACGGCACCUCCGUCCUGGGUGCUGAACCAGGCGGUGUUGUUGUUGGGGGUUUUCUAGGCAGCCACGGUCGCUCAAUAAACAGGGAUUCACCUGAUUUGCUUCAGACGGUGCUGAGCAACAGCCAGGAGCUGGACAGUGGGGUGGGCCGCACGGAUGAAAGCACGCGUUACGAGGAGUCUUCAGAACAUGACCUCCUGGGAGACGACCACACCAGUGCCUCCAAUACGAACGCCACCAACACACCCGGCAGCAUGCGCAAGUUUUUGUCCGGCCGAGGGGACACUCCGCCCUUGCUGCACUCCCAAGACCUCCAGUUCAGCACCGACUCCCUCUUAGGGCUGGAUUGUGUUAACGGAGGAGGGCUGGAACAGGUGGAGCGACUGGAGAGGGCCUACGUGGCAGAUCCUAUGAGGAUGAUGAUGCCUGGGCUCACUGAGGAAGAGUGUGAGAGGUACAAAGAGCUCUUGGAAAUCAAGUGUUACUAUGAGAAGAACAGUAAUGCUCUGAUGCUACUGGGAGGUCAGGAAGAGGAAGGCGGCGUCUCGCUGGAUGUGAACAGGAACGAGAGCCUGACGCAGCACGAGAUGGCCCUCCUGGAGGAGGAACUGCGCCACUUGGAGUUCAAGUGUCGCAACAUCUUGAGGGCGCAGAAGAUGCAGCAGCUGAGGGAGCGUUGUAUGAAGGCUUGGCCUCUCGAGGAAAAGAAUGGAGCAGGUGCAGGGGCUGGAGUAGGAGCUGGACGCUUGGACAUUAGUGCUACUUUGGUCAGCGAGGAGUCCUGUCACCACGCUCUGUCGGAUAUCAAUGAGCUCCCAGAGAGGGAGCGCUCAGACAAGGACAGCACGAGUGCCUACAACACUGGAGGGGAGAGUUGCAGGAGCACUCCUCUGGUCACUGAACAGUACCCUUCACCUUCCACACAGAGCCUGGAGGGAGGAGAGCCUCUUCUCCCAGAAGGUAUGCAGCUUCCAACCUCCACCAGGCAGAGAGAGAGAGGGACCAGGGCCGAAAGAGGGGACGGGACACAAGCAAACCUCAACCAACCCUACUCUCCUCACAGUCACAGGAGACGAGGUGAUGCUAAGACAUACAGCCCCGGAACUAAGGUCAGGUCCCUGUCCCGGGAUAGAGGAACACGGCGGGGCUCGGAGGGAGAGGUGAGACGCAACCCCAAAGCCAAUGGGACAGCUGAGAGGUCUGGCGGGUACAGUGCAGAGAACAGCCCUUACCUGUCCCGCCGUCAGACAGACACAAAGCCGCCUCAGCACUACCUGAGCUGCAUGCAGCUGAGGUCUCCCUCCACCUCCGAGACACUCGGCGGACUCCGAGACGCUCCCAGAGAGGGCAUCAUGGAGACUUGGGGCGACGCCAGCCCAAUGAGCUUGGGCAGCACGUGUAAAGAUGUCCCCCAAGUCCCAGGAGUCGCACCCCUGUCCCCUACGCUGCUGCCCGCCUCCCCUCGCAUGGAGUGGAAGGUGAAGAUCCGCAGCGACGGCUCUCGUUACGUGGCCAAGCGGCCCGUGAGGGAUCGCCUUCUGAAGGCGCGCGCCAUGAAGAUCAGAGAGGAGCGCAGCGGCAUGACGACGGACGACGACGCCGUGAGCGAAAUGAAGAUGGGCCGUUACUGGAGCAAAGAGGAGCGCAAACAGCAGCUGCUGAAGGCCCGAGAGCAGCGGCGGCGCAGGGAGUUCAUGAUGCAGAGCCGCCUCGACUGUUUGAGGGAGCGCGAGAGGGAGCAGGGCGGCGGCGGCGGCGGCGGUGGAGGUCAGCAGGGGACGACACAGCAGCAGGAACCCACCACCAUUUUGGAGCUGUGCCACCGCAGGAGCAUGAAGAAGCGCAGUCGCAGAAUCCUGGACAACUGGAUCACGAUACAGGAGCUGCUGGCACACGGGACCAGGUCUGCUGAUGGGAAGAAAGUCUACAACCCCCUGCUGUCCGUCACCACCGUCUGAGAUCAGAUGGGAGGGUUAGGGAGAGAUAAGAAAGUGCCAAAGUGUUUUGAUAGGGCCUAUAGGAUGAACACAAGCUGCUUCAGUACACCUUGGCACAAAUACUUGUCUGCAGGGAUGCAGCAAAGUCCAUGAUAAUAAUAUAAAGUAGCACACCAACUUAAAAUGUUUAGAUUGGAGAAAAGCACAUGACUGAGACUGCCAGGGUUUGUGUGUCCAGUAACAUCAUCCCAAACAGAAAGACAAAGCACACAUCUACAAUAUUGUCGAACCAAUGCUGCAUUUCAGAAAUGCAUUCCAUAAUCGCAAAUGCAGAUUUACUAAAGUCACAAAUAUACUGGUUGAAUGGACCUAAACCAGUCAGGAAAACACUUGCCAGCCAUUUUCAUGAUGCUUUCCUCUCACAUGUGAAGAAUGUGAUCCUUUUAUCUAUAAACAGAAACCUGCACCAGCUUGUCAGAUUUGAAAUCCGGGACGUGACACAGUCAAUGCACAAGACGAAAAAAGAAGUAUGUGUAGGUGGACAAGUGGAGAGACUUUCAGACGAGCGUUUUCUGAAACAAUAACACGUACUGAGGGAGUCCAUUUGGAAAUGCGUCACCACUCCAGAUCUGUCUCCUUACAUAAAGGAGCGAUGGCACCACCUGCUGUUCAGCCAUUAGAGUAGUGGAGCACUAAAGUAAUCUUUGCAGGCCUCUACAUUUUUAUGAAUAGAAGCAAAAUCAAAAGUGGGGCUAAGAUCCACGUAGCUGU